AUGGACCAGGACAUCUCGGACAUCCUCGCCUCGGUUUCACGACCACAGGACCGGCUCACAUCGAGCCUGUCCGCCGACUACGAUACCGACGCCUGUACAGACCACCAACUCCUGACGCGAGCAUGGACCUCCGAACGCUGCGCGCCAGACCUCCUCCCUUACCCUUCUGAACUGAUGGACCGCGUCAUAACGCGCGUACAACAGCAGAUCUCACGCAUUGAAGACCUCGCCAGCGGCAUAGGCGACCAGUACAGCACCAGUGCCACCGGAGCAGGAACAAAUGGUAGCGGGACCACAAACGCAAACCUUGUCCUGUCCAUCCUUCAAACCGAUUUGUCGCGCACCCAGUUCCUGGUCCGGAGCCUGCUCCGCCAGCGGCUGGCAAAGCUCACGAAGCACGCCGUCUUCUACUUGUCACGCACGCUGGAGUCCGAUAUCAAAACUAGGUACCUGAGUCCGGCGGAAGUACAGUUCCUGCGCGCUCACCAGGCCUUACUUUCGGAAUUGUACGACGCGAGUUUUCUGACAGCGUUCCCAGCGGCGCUGAGACGGCUGGAUGAUUCGAGCGGGGGUGUGGCAAUGGUGGAGCCGCCGGAUGGCGGGCAGGCGGUAGUCGUACGGUGUUUGAGCGAAGGGAUCUGGAGUAAUGAGCGUGAUCUAGACCAGUCGGCGGCGAGAAAUGAGGACGUAGAGGGUGAAGGUGCGAGUGUCGAGUUGAGGAUGCGUCGUGGUGAGAUUUGGGUGGUGAGAUGGCGGGAUGUGAAGCCAGGGGUGGAAAGGGGAGAGUUGGAGCUCUUAUGA